GGAGAUUGAUGCGCGCGCAUUUCCCCAUUUGUUCUCUCCCAACUUACGGACACUAUAUAUGACGUCACCGAAGUAAAUUGUAGCACUUAGCUUAGAGUUGCAUACAGAAGUCCGAGAAAAUCUCUUUUCCAACACUCAAGUUCUACAGAAUCUAAAAACACAAAAUAAUUUUCCAAUCAUGGCUGAAUCUCUCGAACAGAUGUCAAAAAUUGACACAAUUAAACUUCGCGAACGGCAUAUCGGACAAUCAUGCAAACUGUUUUACAAGUCCAAUCCAUUAAAAAUUGUCAAAGCCGAAGGACAGUAUAUGUUUGACGAAAAAGGUGGACGUUAUUUGGAUUGCAUAAACAAUGUCGCACAUGUUGGACAUUGUCAUCCGGAUGUUGUAAAAGCCGGACAAGAACAAAUGGCAUUACUAUCGACGAACAAUCGUUUUCUACACGACAAUAUUGUGAUCUGUGCGAGACGAUUGACUUCUUUAAUGCCGGAACCUUUAUCGGUUUGUUUUUUCGUUAAUUCUGGAAGCGAAGCCAACGAUCUUGCACUUCGUCUAGCACAAACACACACUGGGAAUAAGGACAUUAUCACUCUCGAUCACGCUUACCAUGGUCACUUAACGUCAAUGAUCGAUAUCUCGCCAUAUAAAUUUAAUCAAAUGAAAAAUGGAAAGAAGGAUUGGAUCCAUGUGGCACUCUGUCCAGACGUUUAUCGUGGUAAAUAUCGCGAUGAUGAUUAUCCUAAUCAAGAUCUUGGUCUAAAAUAUGCGGAAGAUGUAAAACGGAUAACAGAUGAUCUGAAACUUAAAGAUCGAGGUGUUUGUGCAUAUAUUGCAGAGAGUCUAAUGUCCGUCGGCGGACAAAUUAUUCCUCCUAAAAAUUACUUUAAAAACGCAUUCAGAUACGUAAGAGAAGCUGGUGGUGUAUGUAUUGCCGACGAGGUUCAAGUUGGUUUUGGUAGAGUCGGUAGUCAUAUGUGGGCCUUUCAACUUUAUGGAGAAGACGUGAUACCAGAUAUCGUAACAGUUGGAAAACCAAUGGGUAAUGGACAUCCAGUAGCAGCAGUAAUCACAACACCUGAAAUUGCAACCAGUUUCAAGAACACCGGAAUCGAAUAUUUCAAUACGUAUGGCGGUAAUCCAGUAUCCUGCGCGGUAGCCAAUGCUGUUAUGGAAGUUAUCGAACGUGAUAACUUACAAGAAAAUGCUUUUCGAGUUGGGCAACAUUUAAUGAUGGAAUUAAAAAAAUUAUCUAAACGUAGAAAGAUCAUCGGUGACAUCCGUGGUGUUGGAUUGUUUAUUGGUAUAGAAUUAGUAAGAAACAGAAUAAAAAAGAUUCCAGCUACUGCCGAAGCGAAACAUAUUGUUUCUAGAAUGAAAGAAAAGAAAAUUCUCGUUAGCAGUGAUGGUCCAGAUGAUAACAUUCUCAAAUUGAAACCACCUAUGGUAUUCACUAUUGAAAAUGCUAACGAUUUUAUAUCCGUUCUCGAUGAGGUUCUACAGGAAAUUGAAAUUGAUAUCGAAAAGGAAUUGGAAGUUACACGAACGGUGAUCAAAGCAACAAUUUCACAGAUGAAUCUUGAUAAUAAUUCGACUCCUACCAAAACAAAUUCGGUUCUCGUUCGUGCGAGUUAAUUAUUUAUUUAUGACGAUUGAAGAGAUGCAAAGUAUUAUAUCAUUAUAAUUAUUUUGCGUAAAAA